AUGGGUUGCCGCAUCACAAUUGUGGAUGAUGUAUUAAACAAAUCCUUCUACAAACUAGGCUUAAUGGUCGGAAAGCAACCGGGGUACUUCAUCAUUAUACCGAUACUGCUCUCAAUGGUGAUGAUCACCGGUUACCAAAGAAUCAAUUAUGAAAUGGAUCCAGAGUACCUGUUCUCACCCGUCAGCGGUCAAGGAAAAGUUGAAAGAAAAAUCGUUGAGGAAAACUUCAAAGUCAACUAUUCACAUAGGUUUAAUGUAGGCAGAAUUACACGAGCUGGACGUUUUGGUAGAGUUAUUAUUGUAUCGAAAGACAACAACACUAACAUGCUUCGGACAGAAGUCUGGAAGGAGCUGAGGCAGUUGGAUGACCUUGUACAGAAUAUGACUGUUACUCUACCGAAUGGUGAAACGUUUUCUUACAAGGAAGAGUGCGCGCGCUGGGAGGGACAAUGCUAUACCAACGACAUUUUAAACUUGGACAAAAUUAUCGGUGAGGUCGAGCGUGGUGAAUUGAACCUAACAUUUCCAAUAAUGUUUAAUCCCGUAACAUGGGAGGCUCACGCGUUUCCCGUGUUCUUCGGCGGUGCGAAGGUCGUGGAUGACGUCAUAGAGUCAGUACCAGCAGUACAGCUCGUUUGGUUCGUUCGAACCGACAACAAGAUACAGAUGGAUAGAGGUGCAGCAUGGGAGGACGCGUUUUUAGACACUGUCGGCAUAGCAGAAGACACUGGACGUUUUAAGCACAUUUCUGUCUCCCGAUUCGCCUCACGAACACUCGACCACGAAUUAGAAAAGAAUACAAGGACUGUGAUACCAUUUUUUAGUUCCACUUUCAUUCUCAUGGGGAUAUUCUCUGUAUUGACAUGUAUGAUGAGCGACUGGGUUCGCUCGAAGCCGUGGCUGGGUUUGCUGGGAAACAUGUCGGCUGUUAUGGCGACGGCGGCAGCAUUCGGAUGCGCCAUUUAUUUAGGAAUUUCCUUUAUUGGUAUUAAUUUGGCUGCACCCUUCCUAAUGAUAGGUAUCGGGAUCGAUGACACGUUUGUAAUGUUGGCGGCUUGGAGAAGAGCUUCACCUAAACUGCCGGUACCAGAGCGGAUGGCGAUCAUGUUAUCAGAAGCUGCAGUUUCUAUCACAAUAACUUCAGUAACGGAUAUGCUUUCAUUUUUCAUCGGCAUUUUUUCACCGUUCCCGUCAGUACAAAUAUUCUGCAUGUAUUCAGGUCUAGCUGUUUGCUUUACCUUCGUGUGGCAUAUAACAUUCUUCGCCGGUUGCGUAGCAGUAUCAGGUUAUCGUGAAAAACAAAAUCGCCAUACUAUUACUUUUAUGAAAGUUUUGCCAGAAUCAAGAGCACGGAAAGAAGAGAAGUCGUGGUUGUAUAGAGCCUUUUGCAGCGGUGGUAUUGACAAAGCAGAUCCCGAUAAUCCCAUAGAUAACAGAGAACAUUGCAUUAUGGCCUUUUUCCGCACUACAAUGGCAGAUUUCCUAAAUAAGGGCCCUGUAAAAGCCUUGGUAAUUGUCAUUUUCUUGGCUUACUUAGCUGGUGCAGGGUAUGGAGUAACUAAUCUUCAGGAAGGGUUGGAAAGAAGGAAAUUAUCUAAGGUGGAUUCAUACUCUGUCGAGUUCUUUGAUCGUGAAGAUCAGUAUUACAGAGAAUUCCCGUAUAGAAUCCAGGUGGUCAUAAGUGGCGAGUACAACUAUUCGGAUCCCAAAGUCCAAGACGAAGUAGAGACUCUUACGCAGAAAUUAGAAAAUACAUCCUACAUUUCGAACUCUCUGUAUACAGAGUCGUGGCUCCGAACCUUUGUCGACUAUGUGUCGAGAAAUAACGAUUAUUUAAACGUGACAAUUGAUGACGAGGACGAGUUUCUUCGAAACCUUAAGGAAUUAUGGCUCUUCCCUGCAAAUCCAUUCUCUUUGGAUGUAAAAUUUAACGAAGCAGGCAAUAGGAUCAUUGCAUCAAGAUUCUUAAUCCAGGCAGUCAACAUCAGCGGUACAAAUCAUGAGAAAGAAAUGGUGAGAGCUCUUAGAAAAGUGGUUGCAGAGUCCCCUCUCAACGCCUCCGUUUUUCAUCCAUAUUUCGUUUUUUUCGAUCAGUUUGAACUUGUGAGGCCAACAUCUCUUCAGAACUUAUGCUACGGAGCUCUCAUGAUGAUGAUCACGUCUUUCAUUUUCAUUCCUAACAUCUUGUGUUCAUUAUGGGUGGCUUUCAGUAUUAUAUCUAUUGAAAUCGGUGUAGUCGGAUACAUGGCUCUUUGGGAUAUCAAUCUCGAUUCCAUAUCUAUGAUUAACUUAAUCAUGUGCAUCGGUUUUUCAGUGGAUUUCACGGCUCACAUUUGUUACGCGUACAUGGCGUCAAAAGCUAAAACACCUAACGAGAAAGUUAGUGAGUGCUUAUACUCUCUUGGAUUGCCCAUAGUUCAAGGGUCCUUUAGUACAAUCCUCGGCGUUGUGGCCUUGCUCUUAGCUGAUAGCUACAUUUUCUUAGUAUUUUUCAAAAUGGUAUUUAUGGUAAUAUUCUUUGGGGCAAUGCACGGUCUCUUCUUAUUACCAGUACUUUUAUCGCUCUUUGGUCCUGGCUCUUGUUCAAAACAGCAAGAUGACAUUAAAAUGACUAAACUAGAUUAUCCCAAUCCUUAUUGUCUACCACAUCCACAAUUAGUCUUAAAGGAUCAAAUAUACAACGGAAAAAAUUUAAACCCAAACGGUAUUUACAAAAUUUAUGGCGAUGAUAAAGAUCUAGGAAUAGGUACGUCAGGUGAGGACACGAGCGAAAGCAGUUCAAACCAGUCGCACCGUCGGCAAAUUGUGGAUGAAGAGAGCAAUAGAAAAAAGUAUGACGACAUAGGUUGGAAAAGAUCCAGUUACUGCCAGAGCUCAAGUCAAUUUCAGCCAUCUGGUGAAUUAGAUCUUUACGGUCACGAUAUGGACCGUACUUGGCAACGACAACGAUACGACGAGAAUCGUAGAGUUUUCGACAACUACCGGAAGCCGCCAGGAGCGUCAAGAACGCGUGAUGAAGAGUUAAUGUCACCAACACGUAAAACAAGUGACGCGGGCCAGCGUCGUGACGCGCCCUACAGAGUAAUGAGAGCUCAUUCACAGCACAACAUUCAUCGGUCGCGCGCCCCGCGCCGCUCCAAUUCACAUCACAACCUAGAACAUUUAGAUUAUGUCGCCGAGAUGCGCUUUCCCUGA